AUUUUUCCAUACACCAAUCGGAUUUUGUAGACGCAUCUAGGCGCAUACACACCGAGAGAGUUGAGCUGACUUGACUUGAAGUAAAGAAAAAAUAUUUUUUCUUCAAAAAAAGCAAAAAAAAAAGGAAAAUCUAUAAAAAAUUUUUGUGUGUUUCUUUGUGUGAGAUUUUUGUGAAACUAAAUUUUUUCCAAAAGAAAAAUUGAAACUCAGCGAAUAAGAAAAUCUAACAAAAUUGAAAUACCAAAAAAGGAAAAUAAUUUUAAACUAAAAAAAAAAACAAAAACAAAUUGGAAGAAAAUUAACCAAAAAAGAAUUGUGUGAAUAGAUUUCCCUGCGUUUUCCACUGGGGAAAAGUGUAGGACACCCUAAACUUCUCGGUAAUCACCACUACCACCAUUGCCGCCAUCAUCACCUCAACGAAUUUUGAGGGGAGCAGGCGUCGUACAUUUUUUGUUCAGCUCCUUGCAUGAAAGUAAAGUGAAGUUUUCCUUUGGCCCGUUUUAUUUUCCAAAAUCUAACGGGGAGUGUCACACCAGCAAUAAAACGAAAAGAAAAACCCAUUCAUUCUAAUUUGAAAAACGCAAGAAAAUCAAUCGUCGUUUUUGAAAAGAAAUAUCAAAAUCAGUGAAAAAGAAAUUGUAUUUUUUGUGAAAACCUAAACCCAAGUGAGAACAGAACAUUUACGUCAUAUUUUCUUUUUAGAGAAAAUUGUGCAAAGCGAAAGAAAGCAAACAAACAGAAAAAAGAAGAAACGAAACGAAACGCACAGCUAUUCUCCUGAUUUGAAUUCAAUUGGUUCUUGAGGAGAAUUUCGUCCCGAAAAUUUAUUCAACAACAAUCAGCAACCUAAGCUAUUUGGAUCUAAAAAUGUCGAGGAUAUUGACGUGGGGUCUAUUGGUCCUAAUGGCCAUAACGGCGACAUCACAGGUACAGGCUGCUUCACCACGCUGGGAACCACAAAUUGCAGUACUUUGUGAAGCCGGUCAAGUCUAUCAACCGCAAUACCUAUCCGAGGAGGGACGUUGGGUAACAGAUUUGAAUAAGAAAUCAACGGGUGCAACUUGUCUGCGUGAUAAACUCGAUUUGCUGGAUUAUUGUAAAAAGGCUUAUCCCAACAGAGAUAUCACCAAUAUUGUGGAGUCAUCACACUAUCAGAAAAUUGGCGGCUGGUGUCGUCAGGGAGCUUUGAAUGCCAACAAGUGCAAGGGAGCCCAUCGUUGGAUUAAGCCAUUCCGUUGCUUGGAAGGACCCUUCCAAUCGGAUGCACUCUUGGUACCCGAAGGUUGCCUCUUCGAUCACAUCCACAAUGCCUCACGCUGCUGGCCCUUCGUUAGGUGGAAUCAAACCGGCGCUGCCGCCUGCCAAGAACGUGGCAUGCAAAUGCGUAGCUUCGCCAUGUUGCUACCCUGUGGCAUCUCCCUGUUUUCGGGUGUUGAAUUUGUGUGCUGUCCCAAACAUUUCAAAACCGAUGAAAUUCGUGUAAAGAAAACCGAUUUGCCUGUUAUGCCACCCGUGGAAAUGCCCAAUCCCAUGACUGAUGAUCUCGAUGAUAUCAGCAGUGAUGACAAUGAUUCCAACUACUCGAAGGAUACCGCCGACGAUAUCGAAGACGAAGAUGAUGAGGAUGAUUUGUUGGCCGAUGAUGAGGAAGAUGAAAUGGCUGCCGAUGAUGCUACUGCCACUGGCGAUGAUGUCAAUGCUGAAUACGAUUCGGGUGAGGAUAAUUACGAAGAGGAUCCCGUUGAUACGACAUACGAUCAACAAGGUAGCUCAAGUGGUGCCAAACCAUCGAACAAACCCACAAAUUCGAAGGAUAUGGAAAAGGCCGGUGGAUCGAUGUUAGAUGGCAAGAAUAGCGGCGGCGGCAACAACAACAACGGUGAUCUGCCAAUGCCACCCACAACCGGCCAACCCACACCCGAUCCCUAUUUCACCCACUUCGAUCCACACUAUGAACACCAGAGCUACAAAGAAGCCCAACAGCGCCUCGAGGAAUCGCACCGUGAAAAGGUGACCCGUGUGAUGAAGGACUGGUCCGAUUUGGAGGAGAAAUAUCAGGAUAUGCGUUUGGCCGAUCCCAAGGCUGCCCAGAGUUUCAAGCAGAGAAUGACAGCUCGUUUCCAGACUUCUGUUCAGGCACUCGAAGAAGAAGGCAAUGCUGAGAAACACCAAUUGGCCGCCAUGCAUCAGCAGCGUGUUCUCGCCCACAUCAAUCAGCGCAAACGUGAAGCCAUGACCUGCUAUACUCAGGCCUUGACUGAGCAACCACCAAACGCUCACCACGUCGAGAAAUGCUUGCAGAAACUUCUACGUGCUCUCCACAAGGAUCGUGCCCAUGCCUUGGCCCACUAUCGCCAUUUGUUGAACUCCGGCGGUGCUGGCGGUUUGGAAGCUGCUGCCUCGGAACGACCACGCACUUUGGAACGACUCAUCGAUAUCGAUCGUGCCGUCAAUCAAUCGAUGACAAUGCUCAAACGUUAUCCCGAAUUGUCGAACAAAAUCUCCCAAUUGAUGAACGAUUACAUUUUGGCCUUGCGCAGCAAAGAUGACAUCCCCGGCUCCUCUUUGGGCAUGAGCGAAGAGGCAGAGGCUGCCAUUUUAGAUAAAUAUCGCAUUGAAAUCGAGCGCAAGGUAGCUGAAAAGGAACGUUUGCGUUUGGCCGAGAAGCAGCGCAAGGAACAACGGGCCGCCGAACGUGAGAAAUUGCGCGAGGAGAAGUUGCGCUUGGAAGCCAAAAAGGUCGACGAUAUGGUCAAGGCCGAACAGGAUUCUCAGGCAUUCACCAGCGAGGAGUCGAAGACUAGCAAAGACGAGGCCAUGGUUGAUCCCACAAAAAUGGCCCACAGUGAUAAGGAUUCAGCAGCAGAGGAAUAUGUUGAAGCCACACUCAGGUUUGUUGAUAGUCAUAUUUUAUGUGCAGGAAAAAAUCUAAUUUUCGUUAACAAUUCCAGCACCAAAACCCAAACCAUCCUGCCCACCGUGGAUGACGAGGCCGUUCAGCGUGCUGUCGAGGAUGUUGCUGCCGUCGCCCAUCAGGAAGCUGAACCCUCUGUCCAGCAUUUCAUGACACACGAUUUGGGCCACCGCGAAUCGAGCUUCUCUGUGCGCAGAGAAUACUCUCAUUCCUCAUCUGCGCAUGCGAAUAAGGAGGGACGCAAUGUCUACUUCACUUUGUCCUUUGCUGGCAUUGCUCUUAUGGCUGCCAUCUUUGUGGGCAUUGCUGUUGCCAAGUGGAGAACAGCACGUUCGCCCCAUGCGCAAGGCUUUAUUGAAGUUGAUCAGAAUGCCGCCGCCCAUCAUCCUGUGGUCCCCGAAGAGAAAAUCGUGCCGAGUAUGCAAAUCAAUGGCUACGAAAAUCCCACUUACAAAUAUUUUGAAGUAAAAGAGUAAACAUCUGCAGAAAAAUUAACAGAACACAAACAGCAACAACAACACACUUAAUUACUUAUAAUUAAAACAACAACAACAACAAAUUAUUCCGAUGAAUAUUUAACAAAAAAAGAAAAACCAAAAAGAACCCCAAGAACUUUUUAUGAAAACAAAAUCUUACAAUAAUUACAAUAAAAACAACCAGACAAAACUCUAUUAAACCCCUUCCCAGGCUCUGAUCCCCAAAAAAAAAAAACAAAAACCAAACAAACAAUAGGAUAUCUUAAUGUAAACUAACAGAGGACUGCUGUUAAGUAAACAUUUACACAAAAACAACAAACAUAUAUACAACAACAACAAUAAGAGAAAAAAAAAUGAUAUUUGAAAGCUAAGCAAUUUCAGAAAUCUCCCCUCACACUUACACAAUAAUUCUCAUUCACUCCAUGCAACAUCAAAACAUUCAAAACAAAACUAAAUUUAACAAACCAAAAAAUGAUGGAAAUUUUUUUCAAAUAAACCACAACAACAACAAAGAUAUUUUCUUUUACUAACAUUAAACGUCGUUCUUGUUUAGAGAGAUACUAAGGAAAACCAAAACCAAAAAAGUAAUGAAUCAUUGAUUGUGUGUAAUGCAAAAAAAAAAAAAACAAAAAUAAAUCUCGUAUAAAAAACAACAACUUAGUUUUAAGUCUACAACAAAAACAUAAUGUAAAACAACAAAAGAAAAAAUAUUAUUAUUAAAAAAAAUAAAAAUAAAUUAUUAUUUCCUACAACAGAAAAAAAAGAAAGACAGAAGGGAAGAAGUCUAUUUAAGAGUGUAACGGUAAAUAAGAAACAACAGAGAUUUGCUGUCAGGAAUGGGCCCAAGGCAAAUAUUGGGAUUGAAAUUCAUAUUUCCAAGCCAGGGAAUUUUCUGGCCCCCAUUCCAAAUGUCAAACUCUCCAAAUUUUUCUCAAUUUUAUUUCUUCGAUUCCUUCUUCAUUUCUUCUUGAAAAUAAAUUCCAAAUGCAAAUAAAACAACUCCCAGAUUAAAAACUAUAUAUUUAAACUAAUGAAAAUAAAAAAAUAAAAAAACAUUAACGAGCAGCUUACUACUCAAAACGCUUUUAAGCUAUGACAAGAAACAUAACAAAUAAAUGAAUGAUGAAUGAAAAUGAUGAAUAAAAAAUAAAAUUACCAGAAUUGCUAUUCUAGACAACUAAAACACAAAAAAAUCAUAAAUAAAAGAACUCAGAAUAACAAAGCAUAACAGCAACAAAAAUACGCUAUAAUACAAACUUUGCAAUGGUUCUUCAGACUUUGUUACACCUUGGCUAGGAGAAAGAAAACUUCAAAAGCAAAGCUCUGAAAGAAGAGAAACAAACAUGAAAAUCAAAACACAAAACUUAAGUCAACUAAAAUUUAAUGGAAAUACAGAUUUAGUUAAUUUUUUUUAAUUUGAAGGGUAAGAAGGGUCAAUGAAAAGGUCAUGUCAUGCCAUACCAUGUCGUAGAGCUGGAUAUGCUUAUCAUAACAUCAAUAAUCUCUUGACAAAUGUGCACUAUGCCAUUAAUGCAUUGCUAAAAUUGAAAUCCACUAAAAGAAACUCAGUGGCGAGAACACAAGCAAAAGAGUAAUUGCUAGUGUGUGCUCUCACCGAGUGCCCACAGACGCUCUUUUCUUGAAGUAUGCCACCUUAAAUUCAGAAGGGAUUUUUAAUACUUUCAUUCCCCUAAAACUUUUAGGCCAUCGUAGCGUCUCGGAAAGGGAAAAUAGCUGUUCUUUGGAAAUCCCAACGAGUUUCAUGUAUCACCUUUAAAUCUCUCGAGAUAUAUAGCAGAUUCAUUGAGGUACCUGAAGUACAGGUAUUGUCUCUUUACUUAUAUAGGUCCAGGCUGGAUAAAGAGUCGCACUUUAAUGUUCUCUCUGGUUACUUUGUUUUUCAAUGGCUCAGAUUGUGAGUGUAGAGAGAAUUACUCUCAUUGAAGGCACGCGUGCCUGCUUUUGCAUGGCAAUGAUUUAGUUUCCCUUGAGAAGGCGAAACAGAGGAAGUUAUUGUCAUACUGUCGAUUCCAUUGAUCGUUGAUCUAUGGCCUACGGAGAACCCGAAUAGGGUGUUGAAAAAAUACCAUGUUAAUGAGAAUAUAUGGGCGAUUUUAUAGUCAUUUAAUUCAGGGCCGCGUAGAGAGUCUCACUCUUAUAUUAUCCCAAUUUCUGAUUGUGGUUGUGAAGAGAAUUACUCUCAUUUGAAGGCACUCGUGCCUGUUUUGCAUGUCAAUGAUUUAGUCCCGGUCGUGUCUACACAGUCGAUUCCACAGAUCGUUAGAGAACCCGAAAAGGGUGUUAGAAAAAAACAAUGUUAAUGAGAAUGUAUGGGUGAUUUCAUAGUCAUUUAAAUAGUACCGCAUAGAGAGUCUCACUCUUAAAUUCUCCCAAUUUCUGAUUGAGGAUGUGAAGAGAAUUGCGUUCAUUGAAGGCCCCGUCCCUGAUUUGAAGCAAUGUCGGGCAAAUGCAGGCGCUUGUGCUCUCCACAUGCGAAAUUCUCUCCACACUCACCCAAUGUAAUCGGUGAUGAAUAGAAUUGGAAGAACAUUUUCUGCCCUACUCUGGCUUAACUGUUAACUUAAAGUUAGUGGGAGAGGGGGAGUUACUCUCUCGAUGUUCACGUCUGAGAAAUAUACACAAUCAAAGCUUUCGUGUUGGUAGCGGUUGGCUAGCCUAACUUGAGCAGCCUCGAAAAGUUCACAAAAUAUCUCUCAAAUUGCCAGGCCAGAGAGUCUCUUACCACUUCUAAUGUAUAUAUUGUGAGCAAGGCUGCUCUAGAUGACUAGUCCAUUUCCGCUAGGAACAUAGAGGUCCAAAAGCUCAGUGAGGCAGUUUAUGGGAGAGGCAUAGAGAUAAAACGUUUGGUACGAUGGACACCGAUGGAAGUUUUAAUUUUUUUUUUUUCAACGGAUUAUGAGUUUCAUAUCUUGAACCUCCAGGAUCAGUAAAUCCAAUUUGUUUAAAUCUUUGAUAGAAAAGAGUCCUUUCCUUUGAGAAUCUCUAGAAUUUUUUUCAUUUUCUUAGCUCUUAGUGAUACAUGGCAUGAUCUCUUCACAUAUCCUUUUUUAUCAGCUCGUCUUUCCCUUUGUUUUCCAUUUUAAUAAAAUAUUUUGCAAAAUACUUUUAUUUUAUUUACACAAAAUUGACAACUUAUGAAGCUUACCGUCAUAUCAGUUCAUCUUAAGUUUUGUACAUUUAAACACAAGUAAAUAAUUGUAUUAAACAAAUUUUUGUUAUAAUUUAUAUUUAUUUUUAAGACAUUUUCACAAAGAAAAAUAUUUAAAAAAUAUAUUUCCUAAAGGGAAAAUUACGAUUCGAGAAGAAAAAACAAACAAGAGAGAAAAAUGCAAUGUAAUUUACAUUGGGCGCCACAUUCUCAGAGAUGUCCUAAAGAGAAGAUUAUGAUUGACAUUUAAUGCAAGGGUGAAAAUUUUCCGACAAAAAAUGUAACGUACAUUGAGCGCCACAAUCUCGGAAAUGAGAGAGAUUUGUUUGGAUAUUAAUUAAUGUCAUUUUGUGGCUCCCUGGCAACAUUUUGUCAUCUUCUGCAAUUAUUAAUCUAGAGCCAUUAAAGACAAACAAAUGUACUUUGCUGCAUAAUAUUGGUGAAAAAAUAUCUAACAUAAAUAUUUUUGAAACUAUCCAGGAUAUUUUCAAUGUCAUAGAUUUAAAAAAUAAGGCAAUUUGUAGCAUACCUUGGAUAUAAGGAUAGUCUCUCCAGAUGAGCAUUGCUGACUAUUUCUCUAAACAGAAGGUCAUAUGGAAAAUGCCUCCCAUGUCCAAUGUCUCUCUUCUACUCUCAAACACUUUUCGAAUAGAUUUUUCAACUAAAAAAGUAUAUUUUCUUUGUAAAAGUUAAAAUCUGAAAGACAUUAAUUAUUAAAAUUACCUAGGUUAAUAUUUAUUUAUUUAUUUACUCAUAAAAUUAACUACAAAAAAAGAAUUAAUUAUUUAUUGUGUAAAAUAUAUGUAUGUAUUAAUUGAAAAGCUAUCGACACAAAAUUUAAACAAAUUUCCCUCUGCAAUACUAUGAAUUGUUUAUUGAAAAAGAAAACAAAAGUUACUUUGCUGUGUGAUUUUUUAACAAAUUCUUUUUGUGUGACUCGGAGGCAAUCGAUGGAGAAUUUUCUUUUUUUUUUUUGAAAGGACAGUGUCAAUUUAUCUGGAAAAAAUUAGUAUCUGACACUGGUUAAUUUUUCUAUAAAAAACGGGAUUAAGGAAUUAUGAAUGGGGAGAAUGCUUUACUUUUUGGAACAAAUUUAAAUCCCUUUAAUUUUGGAGUAUAAAAUCGACAUUAUUUGCCAGAGAUGAUUAACUCUAAAUUAAAAAGUAAUUUUCUCUAUUGGAAAAAUAAGGUCCAAUAUGGACUAUGGAAUAGCCACCCCAAUAUGACUGAGAUUAUUAAAAAACUUAUUUAACCGUAACUGAGAAAUCUGUUCUAUAGAAACAUGGAAUAAUCUAAAAGAAAAAAAUAUUCUCCUAAGUCUAAGGUUUUUUUUGUACAGUAAGAUAUUGAGCAAUUUUUCUGUACCAAAAAAACCUGCUUUGGGAGUUUAAAAUUUGUCUCCUUAAAGAAAUCAUAUCUGUGGCAUUUUUAGAGAUAGAAAAAUAAUUGCUUUUUGCAGGGAUUUUUUUUAUUAAAAUCGACAAUGCGGGAAGUCAGCUCUUUAUUCCCAAAGUCUUUUGUAUAAAAAGAUGCUUUAAUUUGGAAUGAUAAUUUUUUUCUAUAACGAAAGCUUGUUCCAUAGCAUUUUUUCCAUAUUAAGAAGACAGUUCCUUAAAGGCAUGGUUGCUACCAAGGGCUGAAGAAUACAAUUUUUCUGAAAUUUCCUUGGCAAGAUUUUUUUUCUGAAAAAGGCCGAUUCUAUGGGAGAUGCAGCCCUCUGAGACAAGGAAAGUUUUUCGAGGGAAAAUAAGUUUUUAUGGAUUUUUUGGAACAAAUAUCGGUUUCAUAAAUCCGCAUAAUUUUUCAAUAGAAAACAACCAUGACCGGAAAUUUUUACAUAAAGAAGUCAGUCUUCUAGUAGGGCUGAAGAAUUUUCUUCUUUGCCAAAAAGUAAGUCCCGAUGACCCUUUUUAAGGGUAUCCUCCCUGGGUCGGCAAUUUUUAUAAAAAAAAAACUUAAUUCUCUGUCAGUGGAUUUUUUUCUAUGAUUGAAAGACAAAGUUCUGGCACAUAGAGAUAUUUAUGAUCCCAUUUAUUACAAGGGACAAAAAAUCCAACAAAAAAAUGUAAAUUUAAAUUGGGCGCCACAAUCUCGGAAAUAAUUUAAGUCUAGAGAGAUUUCUCUGGGAAAAAAUUCAAUAAAAAAAUGUAAAUGUAAAUUGGGCGAGACAUUCUCGUAAAUGAACUGAGUCGAGCGAAGAAGAAUUAUAGAAGAAAUUUUUUGGCUUCCACCAAUAUUUUGUCAUAAUGCGCCACUUUUAAUGUGGGCCACUGAAGACAAACAACAAAUAUGCUUUGCUGCAUAAUAUUGGCGAAAAGUUCUCCAACUAUUUUCGGAACUUUGUGAAAAACGUCGUUUUUGUAGAAAAUGCAGUUGUCUGAGGCCGAUAAAGUUUUUCGACGGAAAAUAAGUUUUUAUGGGUUUUUUUGCAAAUUCAAAUAUCAGUUUCAUACAUAAGUCUCUUAGCAGGGUUGAAGCAGUUUCUUCUCUGGUGAGAAAUCAGUCCCAAGGACCUUAACCCCUUUUUAAAGGACCUUAACCCAUUUUCUUACAGAAAAAAAACUAAAUCCUCUGCAGGGAUUUUUUUAUUUUCUGCGGAGUCAAAAAAGGUAAUUUUCAAAUAAAAAGCACCCCUUUAGCUGAGACAUUUCGUUGAAUAGGAACAAGUAUCAGGGAGAAGAAAAAUUUGCCUGAGACCGGAAAAGUUUAUUGAUAGACAAUAAGUUUUUAUGGAUUUUUUGGAACAAAUAUUAAUUUCAUAAAUCCGCAUAAUAUUUCCUUAGAAAACAGCCAUGCCGGACAAUUUUAUAUAAGGAAGUCAGUCUCCUGGCAGGACUGAAGAAUUUUCUUCUCUGGCAAGAAAUCGGUCCCAAGAACUUCAAAUCCUUUUUGAAGGUAUCCUCUCUGGGACUGUCAUUCUCAUAGAAAAAAAAUUAAAUUUUCUGUCAGUGAUUUUUUUUUUAUGAAAGAAAGGUAAAUUUCUGCAUCUUAAGGUUUUCCUUCUUGCCCAGAUCUGAUGUAUCAGCCGUUAAAGAAAUUAUUUUUUUCAGAGUCAAAAAAAGUAAUCUUCCAAUAAAGCAACCCUUUAGCUGAGACAUUUCGAUGAAAAGGAACAAGUUCCAGGGAGAAGAAAAAAUUUCCCAUAGAAAAAAGUCUCCAGAAUAAUUUGAAACUAGCUUUCUUGGAAGUCUCUCUAAUAUCCUUUAAUUUUCCGACUAAUUUUUAGUUGAAACUUUGGCUUAAAAUUAAUUCGAAGUCCCAUAAGUUCUCUUUACAAUGUAUGUGCUCUCUCUUUCACACUACAAUUCUGAGCCCAUAUCAUUAAAUUUCAAAAUUGUUUUUCUAAAUUCAGCAAAGUAUGCAAAUGUUUUGUAAAAUCCUUGACACAACUACAUUCACAAAAAAAAAAAACACACAACAACUUAUUUCAUAAUACAUUAACAACAACAACAAAAAUGAACGUAUUAUAAAAACUAGUCAAACAAAAACCAAAUGAUGAAUCUCUAAGAAACAACAACAACCAAAAAACAAAAAACAACAAAAAUUAUUAUGCUUAAAUCAUCUAAUCAUUUCAAAUUUAUUAACAGCAACAAACAACAAAAAAAAAAAAAAAGAAAAAACAAAAAAUAUUUAUGUAAAACUUAGCAUGAAUGUAAGAGAAAACAAAAGAAAACCUAGAUUAAAAUCUUAUAAAAAAAUGUCAAAAAAAUUAAAAAAAUUGAAAAUGCAAAAUGAGAUGAUGAAGCAAAAAAGGAAAAACAAGAUAAAAACCCCGUCCUGCGUUAAAUAAAAAAUAAUAAAUAAAUAAAAAAACAAGAAGAAAAAACUUUACACAAAAAAUAAAUAAAAAAAAGACAAACGUAAACAAUUUAACGUAUAUAAAUAAAAGAAACAUAAUAAUAAUAAUAAUAAUAAUAAUAAUAAUAAUAAUAAUAAUAAUAAUAAUAAUAAUAAUAAUAAUAAUAAUACUAAUGAACAAACAAAUUAUCAUUUCCAAUUUCGUUUCGUUUACUUUUACAUUAUGUAAGUCAUACACAACAACAACAACAAAAUAUAUAUAAUAAAAAAUAAAUAAAAACCAAAAAAAAAUCUUAUAUAUAAAUGUACUCAAGACAAUUGUAAUUGCAACAAUAAUUGUACGCUAAACAAACAAAAAAUAUAUUUAAUAAUUAUAAUAAAUGAAAGAGAACCCCUCAAAAAGAAAACCACAAAACCAACAACAACAACAACAACAACCAUUCAAUGUAAAAUGUUUCAAAAAAAUACAAACCCCCUGAUCCGUUAACUCAGAAACCUAGAAAUCUGUUACAAACCUUUCAAACCUUGUUUGUUUUCCUUUCUCUCAAAAAUAAAUCAUCUCCGAUUAGUUAAAACAAAAUUCGCCCUUUCCCCCCCAAAAAAAAAAAAAAAAAACAAACAACCAAACACAUUUAACCACCACAACAACAAGAAAAAAGUAUUUGUGUUCUUCUUCUUUUGAAAUAUUUUGCAUAAAUAUAAAAACCAACAAAAAAACUAUUAGAAAUUGUGUUUUUAUUUCUCUUUGCUUUCUAAUUGGAUAAUUUGGAAUUUAUUCAAAACAGACAACAACCAAAAAAACAGGUAAUUAUCUUAUUAGCCAAUAUCUAUAAAACAAACUACAUUGAUUGGUGAAUAUUUUACACAAACAACAUAAAAAUACAAAAAAUUUAAGGAAGAAAAAACAAAAAAACAUUUUCGCUAUGAAAAUUAAAAAAAGAAAACCAAAAGUAAAAAUAAACCAAAGCCACCGCACCUGCUUCAUGUAUUUACUCUUAACCUAUUUACACUUGUUCCAAAAACCCUUUGCCCUUGCCCCGCUCCCCCCAAAA